AAGACCGCGACGACUCCUCCGAAUCCGAACGAGUUCUUUCCGCUUUUCGAACAAUGAUAUCUUCCUGAAACCGCUAGCUGGAAAACUGUUGUGCAGAUAUGCACAGAAUAGGUUGUGUUUAGCACUGGUUUGAUGAAUAAGGCAAUUUUCUAACAAUGCGAGCUUUUCCAAAGCUGUGAAACGACCUAACCAAACAGAACACUGAGGAAAAUUUUCGGGAACCUCUCACAUCCAACUGUUAGCCUGUUUCGAUCUCUAUAAAGAUGCCUGAGGUUCGGGACCUUUCUGAAGCUUUGCCAGAGAUGCCAAUGGACCCAAUCACUGGAGUCGGAGUAGUAGCCUCUAGAAAUAGAGCACCCACUGGAUAUGAUGUGAUCUCAACAACAACAGAUGGCCUGGAUGCUGACCUGUGGAAAGACGGACUUUUCAAAUCCAAGGUGACCCGAUACCUUUGCUUCACCAGAGUUUUCUCUAAAGAAAAUAGCCAUUUAGGUAAUGUUCUUGUGGACAUGAAGCUGAUUGAUAUAAAGGACACUUUGCCUGUGGGUUUCAUCCCAAUCCAGGAAACUGUUGAUACUCAGGAGCAGGCCUUCAGGAAGAGGCGACUCUGCAUCAAAUUUAUUCCACGGGACUCCACAGAGGCAGCCAUCUGUGAUAUCCGCAUCCUGGGACGCUCCAAGCAGGCACCUCCUCAGUAUACCUUUAUAGGAGAGCUCAACAACAUGGGAAUCUGGUAUCGCAUGGGAAAUGUGCCUCGGGCCCAGGACUCCACACACACACAAACCAUCAACAACACCCAGAAUGUGAAUUCCUCCAGCUCAGGAUCAGCCCCACCAGCUCCCAUGCUUAAGCAUAUUUCCAUGACCCUCCCUGCCAGCUUCAGAGGAAAAAAUACUACCAGACCAGACUAUGAGCACCAGAACUCCAACCUGUAUGCUAUUACAGCAAUGGACGGGGUGCCUUUUAUGGUCUCUGAGAAGUUUGCCUGUGCCUCAUCUGAUCUGCAGCAGGUGGAUCUGAUGGGUAUUACAAUUAAAUCACUGGCUGAGAUUGAAAAGGAGUAUGAUUACAGUUUCCGCACAGAGCAUAGUGCAGCGGCUCGCCUCCCUCCAAGUCCAACACGGACCUCUCUGAGUUCUGAGGCCUAAGCAUCUCUUAUAUGAACAACAGUCAUCGCCACACUAUAGACAGCAGCCGGAGAGAAGUGCACACAACUACUGAGAACAUACCUACAACGGGGAUAUUCAAUCUGUAAAUGAAAAGAAAGAUUCCCAACGAAAAUUGUGGAUUUUCUAACUUCUGGGACAUGUUGUAGGCCCUCUGUGUGCUGUUGAAAUGGAAAACAAUGGAAUUCAGUCAGACUCGAACUACUACACUGCAGAGCUGGGACAAGAAAACACGUUUUAUGCUCAUCGAGAUACUUCAGUAUCUCACUCGAAUGACUUCAAAAAU